CGGGAACGUCACUUGACUUCAUGCGGAAGAGGUCGUCAUCGUAAAAGCUGUGAGUUGGAAGGUCUAUGAAAUGUGAGAAAAUGACAGUAAAUUUGUGAGGAGGACGGGCUGAGCUUCAAUAGUUUGAAUGAAUGAGGUAGUUUCCAUUAAGAGUAGAUAUUUUCUGGACCAUGUGUGACUAGGUUUGAGCUUUUUCUCAGCCUCGCAGCAGUUAAGUUCAUUGGAGAUCUUGUGAGCCAGGCGGGCAGUUAACGGAGAAAUCAAUCACAGGCUGCAUGUAACAUGAAGUAUUUUUUUUAAAACGACGCGUUUAUAAGACGUUUAGAUAAUUUUCCCGUCGAAUUAACGGCAACUUGGGAGUUUUUUGCUGUCAAGUAUAGGGCGGCUUACGAGGUUAACAUUAACAAAUAUUUUUAAAACUAUUGAAUCACCUAUUUUCAGACCGUUUAAAGCCUGAAAAUGUCGUGGAUCAGGGAGGGUGAAUUAAACCUGCUCGAAAAGAUUUCAGCCAAUGUCCUAAAGGCUGGUCCCAUGCCUAAACAUGUGGCCUUCAUCAUGGAUGGUAACCGUCGCUUUGCGCGUAGGAAUAACAUGGAGCGUCAGGAAGGGCACAUGCAGGGCUUCAACAAGCUGGCAGAGACACUACGUUGGUGUAAGCAUCUCAACAUCCAAGAGGUGACAGUGUACGCCUUCAGCAUUGAGAACUUCAAACGCACUAAAGAUGAGGUGGACGGGCUGAUGGAGCUGGCCAAGCAGAAAUUUGAAAGGCUGUUGGAGGAACGAUGUUUCCUGAAUGUGUGUUUUGCCUACACAUCAAGAUAUGAAAUCACGAAUGCAGUUAGAGAAAUGGCUUGGGGAGUGGAGCAGAGUUUGAUCAAAGCAAGUGAUGUUUCAGAGGCGUUGCUAAGUGAGUGCCUGUACAGCAAUAAUUCUCCCAAUCCUGAUCUGCUCAUCCGCACCUCUGGAGAGGUGCGCCUCAGUGACUUCCUUCUUUGGCAGACUUCCCACUCCUGUCUAGUGUUUCAGUCAGUCCUAUGGCCGGAGUACUCAUUCUGGAACCUGUGUGAAGCCAUUCUCCAGUAUCAGUUAAAUUACAAAUCCAUUCAGAAAGCCAGAGACCUCCAUAGAGAGCACCAGGCCUUACUGCAGCUAGAGGCGGAUCGUGCCUGUGUAGCAGAACACCUGCAGCACCAUGGGAAUGGAAAACCUGCCGACGCCCAGAGAAGACAAGAGGCGCUGCUGCACUACACCGCCUGCCGGGAGGAACGAGUUCAGGAUUUCCUAAGAGCACUAAAGCACAAAAGAGACUCUUUCUUUAAUGACUUAUGCAGCGAAGCCGUCCUUGCCUAGGAAGGCUCCAACUAACAAACCCCAUGUUGAAGUGGGGAUGAAACCUCUCCUGUCCUCUUCACAAAAGGGCUUCUGUGGAAAAGGGAGGAACGAACAGUAACUGGGAAUGGUUUCAUUUUGUUGGUGAUUUUUACAAUACGAGAGGGCAAUUUUACCCCUAUGGGGCUGUAGAGUAAUUGUGAUAUUUAUGAUUGUUGAUUUAAAAAAAAAAAAGUCUAACGUGGAAAUGUCUGGUCAAGAUGUAGUUAAAUAUUUGUGUGAAUUAUCUGUCAAAUGCAUGCCAUUGAUUGGGAGAUCCAGUUCUACGAAUGAAACCCUGGGAUCCUGUGGUUUGGAAAUGCUUCCAAAGCAGUCACUCAGACUAAUAUAAAUCGUCACAGUUUGGAUUUUUGUUAAAGCCCAAAGGAGGUGAGAAGGUGUUGCCUCUUGCGUUUGAUGUCGAUGAACUAGUAACUAGAUUUUGACCAGUUUUCGCAACAGAAUAAAGUAAUUACUGUAUGUCA